AUGGACUGCCUCGCCGCCCAGCUUGUGGGGGACAUGCAGCCCAUGGCGAACUGGCUGACGCUGAGCUACAAGCAACAUGGUGGCGAGUUUGAUCAGGCCUGGAGAACCUUCAAUGCAGAUGAACGACUGCAAAUCUACAAGACCAGUUUCGAGGACUGCGAAAACGAGCUGCCUGGACCAUACAAACUGCUUUGGAGACAUGCACCCCUAUGGCCAGAUCUUGGUCCGGAAGCAAUUGUGCGAGGCACUCCGGAAACCCUCAUCAACGUAUUCAGACAUCGAACUUCGACGACGCUGGAGCAGCAGCGCCUACAACGCGCUGCCACUGGCGCCAAGAGUGAUCUCGAGCUGGUCCAGGAGAUCCCUGAAAUGGACGGCAUAGAAUCUGGUAUUCAAGUCUUGUCAGGGGUCAUUGGCGAUCCUCCCGGAGCUGCGCCUGGUCUACUCUCUGGAAAUAUUCGCACGGCGUGCCACGGCAUGUUUGCAAAUGCCAAGUCUAAAUCCGGAUUCGUGGCCGAAACCGUGGUCUAUAUGAGGCAAGCGGUCUUGUUUACAUGGCUGUAUCUCAUAUGGAGGCGAGUUCUCCCUGACCGCGAGCUCCAGCGGUCUGAGCCACCGGAUCUGCCCCUUGCGCUUCGUCGAGUCAUAGGAGACCCCUCGGAAGCGAAAGGGCUCAAUGUCCUCGUGGAUCUGAACGAGUCUUUUGAGGAUUUCAGAGCAUCCUUAAAAAGCGUGAAGCGGGACUCGACUCAAUUGAAAUGUCUCGUUGACAUGGCGGCUGAACAGGCGAGCUAUAACAGGCAACAUUGCUAUUUCAUUCGAUGCGACCCAAAGGCUUUGUUCACAAUUGCAGGCUUCUACACGAAAAGCAAAGCCGGCGCUGUGUCCGGAAAUGAAGCUUCUUCUCAUGGGGUCAACCUACACAACGACUACACUGUUGGCGUCUUGGAAGCGCUGCAGCGUGCUGCCAAGGUCGACGCCGCUUGGACAUACAUUCUGGAACUCCUCAGCGAUCUGCGCAGAGACAUGCCGAGGACCUAUCGGACCCAGCUGCUUCAGGAGCUGGCAAAUAUGUGCGACCUUGCUUUCCGAGCAGACAAGGCGCUGGUCACCCGCUUCUUCCAGACAGGCCUCGGUAGGGCCUGGUUCGAGCGCGUCUCGGACGUACCCGACAGUUUCGGAAACUACAGACACCGCAUGGUUGGGGACCCCAGGGCGGAGCUGAGUCCCAACGACUCGAGACUAUGGCUUCUGAAUGCCUGCGAAACAGGGGCAGACGCCUACCAUGUGGCAUACUGGACGCGGAAAUUCUUCGCACCACCUGCAGAGGGCACGCCAACAGGAAGUUCAAGGCUGAGCGACCUGCCGUCACCGCUGUGCGCGCUGGUUCAGCAUCUCUACGUCAGCUCCAGGCUUGACAUAUUAUUGCGUUCCUACAUCCCCAUGCCCUCGCCGUCCCGCAAGAAAGGACUUUUGUUCCUGUCGCGGUUCUAUGAGUUGGAAACCGAGUUUGUGGCUCUCGAGGCCAAGGUCAGCAAAAUGGCGUUUGCGAGGCCCUCAUACCGACUCAACAAGCCAGAGGUCGCGAAGCAAGCUAUCAAUACGAUUGAGGGCCUGUACACGGACAAGUACGGGUCCUCUUUGGACGAUGUGUACUUUGAUCUGGUCGAGGAUUGCUUGUCCUCGCUGACUACAGCGCAUUGGGAUGCUUUGGCGGGUAGCAAGCCGGCUGCUCCCAAUAAAAUUGACAUCCGAGUCCAGGGCGAGAGGGGAAAACUCAGCCAGAAAGCGUCACAAGAAGAUGAGUAUUGUCUGCAAGAGCUGCACCGCGAAAAGCACCACGAAACAGAGGUCGAAUGCUCAGCCAAACACAUGAACAAACCUCCCCAAAGUGAACAGCCCACAUCUUUGCCCAGCAAGACAGCCGCACAGCCUGUCCCUGCUACCGAGCCGGAAUCGAAGAAGGGACCGUUCAUCCCAUGGCCUGGUAUCGAUGAGCCGACUCGAGCCUUUGACACUUCACCGCGACGAGAGAAGAAGAAGACUCGACCAGUGCAGUCGACUUUGCCCGCCCCCAACAGCGCUGAGAUCAAGCCCGCGAAGCGUGAACUCGAUACGGCCAACGACAUCAAGCCAGAGUCGACGCCCUGUGUCAAGAUCAGAGUCAGCGCAACAACCGCCAAGACGUUCACAGACAUCUUCUGCAAGUCUGUGCACAGACCUUCGGUGAGCUGGUCAGCAUUCGAAGCCGCGAUGACGGAACUGGGGUUCUCCGUCAUACCGAACGGCGGCUCCAUCUUGGCUUUCAUCCCGCCCGAGAGCAUGGGGCUUGUUCGAGCAUUCAUCGCCCACAGGCCACACAAGGCACAUAUGGAGGGACGCAAGACUCUGCGUGUCGCGAAGGAUUUGCAGAGACGCUAUGGGUGGACAGAAGAGACAUUUAAUGUGCAGCAAAGUGUCGGGUAG